AUGGCAGGCGCGGAAGGUGACGACAAUGCCGAAACAUUUUCGGACUCAAAUCCUACACCAGAGGAUGCAGGAAAUUUACAAAUUUUACUCUUAAAAAGAGAUCGUAUUCACGACGAAAUAUCGCGUUUCAAGUUGUGGUUUGAAACAAACAAUCUAAGUACAUCCGCUUCUCGACUAAGAGUAAGAUUGCGCGAUUUUGUACGUAUUAAGGCUCAGUUUGACAAAAUCCAUUCUCAGAUUGAAGCUCUUGAUGACGCCACCCCCGAUUUAGAACAAGCUACCACAAGACUUUAUUUUGAAAACGCGUAUUACGAUUUAUGUGCAGAUGUCGAAGAUGCUAUUGAACAAAAACGCGUUAACACAUCUUCACCUGCACCGCAAGAUAACGCACCUACGAGCACACCGUCACCAUCGGUGCAAUUGCUCCCGAUUGUUAUCAAACCGUUUAGCGGAAUUUAUACUGAAUGGCUACCUUUUUAUAAUACAUUUAAAACGUUGGUUCAUGACGACACACGUCUGACCAAAAUUCAGAAAUUCCAUCAUUUAAAAAAUUCUUUGUGUGGCGACGCAGUAAACGCCAUAAAUCCGUUAACAAUUUCUGAGGCAAAUUAUGAUGUAGCGUGGAAAUUGCUCAAGGACAGAUUUGAAAACAAACGGUUAAUCGUCCAGCACCACGUGACCAAUCUGUUUAAUCUGCCUCAAGUAAUUAAAGAUUCUGCUAGUUCAAUGCGACAGUUAUUAGACACUUUUAACACAAAUCUUGAAGCGUUGAAAUCCUUUGAUGUCGAAAUAAAUCAAUCAGACGUCUUACUCAUUUAUUUAUUAACAUCGAAAUUAGACUUUGUCAGCCGCAGGGGUUGGGAAGAAUCUUUGACUACGAACGAACUACCAACUAAAAAACAGUUAAUUGAUUACUUGACACAACGGUGUCAUUUGAUGGAAUCGAUGGAGUUAAAUAAAUCGCAAUUUAAAACUAAUAAUACGUAUAAUAAUAAUCAAAAAACAGAACCGAAAUCAUUUUCAAAGCCCCCACAAAAGGUGUCUACAUUUACAGCGGCAGUAAAUCGCAAUAGCACACAAUCCACUUGUAAUUUUUGUAAAAAAUCUCAUUUAAUUUACAACUGUGUUACCUUUUUAAAACUCAGUGUUUCGGAAAGAAGGUCUCAGGUAGCUGGGUUGAAAUUAUGUCAAAAUUGUCUCAAACCAUCGCAUACGUCCGAUAGCUGUAAAUCUAUGUCAUGUAAAUUAUGCCAAUUGAAACAUAAUACACUUUUACAUAGUGACCAACCCUCUCAUUCAAACGAAAACCAGCCCAGUACCAGUGGAGUUUAUUGCUCAUCCGCCCUUUUUCCACAAGCCGUUUUGUCUACAGCAAUAAUUCUAAUAAAGGAUUGUAAAAACAAAUUUCAAAAAUUCCGGGCUUUGUUAGACGUGGGUUCAGAAUCGCAUUUUAUUACUGAAGCCGCCACUAACAAAUUGGGUUUAAGUACAGAAAAUGCAAAUAUGGUCGUAGCAGGUAUUCAAUGUUCAAAUACGACCGCUAGACAAAAGGUUCAGGUACAGAUCGAGUCGUUGCAUUACUCAUUUACAACAGCUUUAAAUUGUCUGGUAAUCCCAAAAAUUUCGAAGAACAUACCUGUCCGUACCUUUUCUAAAAAUGAGCUGGACAUACCUGAAGCGGUAAAACUUGCCGAUCCUAAUUUCAAUUUGUCACAGCCAAUCGAUCUGUUAAUCGGAGCUGGAUUAUUUUGGCAACUGUUAUGUGUAGGUCAAAUUCAAACGAUAGGACAUGGCUUAAUAUUACAAAAAACUUUAUUAGGUUGGAUUGUAGGAGGGCCAUUGCAUGGAUGCCCCACCAGUAACACUCGUCAAAAUCUACAUUGCGCGGUCAAUAAUGUCAAUUUAGAAAAGCAGGUUGAAAAGUUCUGGAAACUUGAAAGUUAUUCAAACGAUGAUAAGCCGCUCACAGCUCUUGAAAUACAACAUGAGAACUAUUUUAUUAACAAUGCCACUCAAUUAUCCAACGGACGAUUUCAAGUCAGAUUAACAUUUAGCAAGUGUUUCCCAAUUUUGAGGAAUUCGAAAGAAAUCGCGCUUCAACGAUUGUACUCAUCGGAACUUAAGUUCGCAAAAAAUAUAAUGUUAGAAAUCAACUAUCAUAAUUUUAUAAAAGAAAAGAUUAAUUUAGAUCAUAUGCUUUUACUAGGUUCAUUUACAGAGCAAAAAAUCGAAAGUAAACCCCAUCAUUUUUUGCCUCAUCAUGCGGUUUCCAAAACUGACGGGGUCACUGAAAAGAUUUGCGUAGUGUUUGAUGGGUCAGUCAAACCAUCAGUCGGAAAAAGCAUAAAUGUUUGUCUCAGUACAGGGUCAAAAGUACAAAACGACAUUUCCGAUGCAAUAAUUCGAUCUAUAACGCAUGAGGUCGCUUUUACAGCGGACAUUUGUAACAUGUAUCAUCAAAUUUUAAUUCAUCCCGAAGACAGACGAUACGAACAAAUUUUGUGGCGGGAUGAUCCUCAUUUGACAACUAACCACAUGAAUUUUCAUUUCAUUCCGCCUUCCGCACCACAUAUGGGGACUAUCGGGGAAGCAAUGGUCAAAUCUGCGAAAAGUCAGUUAAAGCGCGUUACUGGUAUAUUUUUAUUUAAUUUGCAAGAAAUGCAGACGUUGCAUAUACAAAUCGAAACGUGUUUGAAUUCGUACCCGUUAACCGCCAUGUCCAAAGAUCCAAAUGACCUGACUCCUUUAAUUCCCGGUCACUUCCUCGUUGGAACCCCUCUAACUGUUAUUCCAGAGGAUAACGUCACCACGGUCUCAACGAACCGGCUCUCCAGGUGGCAACAAUUCAGCCGCACUCAGCAGCAAUUUUGGAAACGGUGGACAGCAGAACAUAUGGGUCAACUUCAUCAUCGCCCAAAAUGGACCAAGGCCAGCCGCAACAGCAUAAGGUGGACGAUUUGGUGGUCGUUAAGGAAGACCACACACCUCCGCUUAUAUGGACCACUGGGACGCGUUAGUACUGUUCAUCCCGGUCUACAAGGCUCCAUUCGCGUAGUGACAGUGAGAACCGCGCAUGAUGUGAUUAACCUGCAAGUGACUAAGCUGUGUGUGCUUCCGACAUAA